CCUCUCAUAGCCUAUAAGCCUAUCGCAAGCAAGAGCCUACUGCCUCGCCUUCCCUUCAAUGGCUUUAUUUAAUCAAUUUCGAUGUGUGCCACCGGCAUGGGCACGGGCACCGGCACUAGCACCAGCACCGGCUUGCACAGACACCAGAAAAGUCAUCGGCGGCAACGCCAUCGGCGCCACCUUCACCAACAGCAACUUCUCCAACGCCGACUUAAACGGCGCCAACACCCAAGGCGGCAACGCCACUGGCGGCGACGUCCCCUGCAGCAACUUCACCGGCGGCAAUGCCACUGGCAGCAACUUCACUGGCGCUAACUUCGCCGGCGCCAAAUUAAACGGUGCCAACACCACCGGCGGCAACGCGAUCCAUUCGUCUUAAGAAGCUGGUAUUAUCUACAACAAGGCCAAUUAUCAAAUAUGCAUGGUGUCUUGUAAGGCCAAUAAUCAGAUAUGUUGUAUUAUUUGGAACAUAUAUAUAUAUAUUGAAGGUUGUAUUAUCGA